CGGGAGCGGCGCGGGGAGCAGCGCGAGGGUGACGCGGGGCGCCGUCUCCAAUGAGCUGCGCGGAGCCCGAGCCCCGGACGACCCGAGCCCGCUGUGCCCCCUCCCACGGCUCACCUGGUGCCAGGUAACAGGUCCGGCCGUGCCCUGCAGACGAUGGCCUUGCCCCCCUGGAGCUAGAGCCUGCCCCUCGGUGCCUGCCCGCCCCCUGCACCCCCGCCAGCAGGAUGCGGCUGUGGAAAGCGGUGGUGGUGACCCUGGCCUUCAUGAGCGUGGACGUCGGCGUGACCACGGCCAUCUACCUCCUCAGCCACCUGGACCGCGACCUGCUGGAAGACAUCCGCCACUUCAACAUCUUCGACUCGGUGCUGGACCUCUGGGCGGCCUGCUUGUACCGCAGCUGCCUGCUGCUGGGCGCCACCAUCGGUGUGGCCACCAACAGCUCCCUGGGGCCCCGGCGGCUGCGGGCCUCCUGGACGGUCAUCAGCCUCGUGUGCCUCUUCGUGGGCAUCUACGCCGUGGUGAAGCUCCUGCUCUUCUCCGAGGUGCGCAAGCCCAUCCGGGACCCCUGGUUCUGGGCCCUGUUUGUGUGGACGUAUCUCUCGCUCGCCGCCUCCUUUCUGCUCUGGUGGCUCCUGUCCACCGUGCGGUCGGACACCGAGGCCCUCGAGCCGGAGGCAGGGGGCGAGGCCGAGGGCUUCCCCGGGGAGGGCCGGGCCCCGGCCGAGCAGGCGUCAGGGGCCACGCUGCAGAAGCUGCUCUCCUACACCAAGCCCGACGCGGCCUUCCUCGUGGCUGCCUCCUUCUUCCUCAUCGUGGCAGCUCUGGAAUUCAGAUUCUCGGUGCUGUGCCAACGAGAAGAAGGAAGCCAGCCCUGGCGUGGGCCAGCCUCUGACAGCCACGCAGCCCGACCCGUCUUCCCAGCUCCGUCCGAGUUCGUGUGCGGAGGGCAUGAACGAGUGUGGGUGGCCCUUCCGCUCUCCCAGCAGCUAGUAAUAGUACCGACAGGAGAGACUUUCCUUCCUUACUACACGGGCCGGGCCAUCGACGGCAUCGUCAUCCAGAAGAGCAUGGAGCAGUUCAGCACGGCCGUCGUUGUCAUGUGUGUGCUGGCUGUCGGCAGCUCAUUUGCCGCAGGUAUUCGGGGCGGCAUUUUUACCCUCAUAUUUGCCAGACUGAACAUUCGCCUUCGAAACUGCCUCUUCCGCUCACUGGUGUCCCAGGAGAUGAGCUUCUUUGACGAGAACCGCACAGGGGACCUCAUCUCCCGCCUCACUUCGGACACCACCAUGGUCAGCGACCUGGUCUCCCAGAACAUCAACGUCUUCCUGCGGAACGCGGUCAAGGUCACCGGCGUUGUGGUCUUCAUGUUCAGCCUCUCGUGGCAGCUCUCGCUGGUCACCUUCACGGGCUUCCCCAUCAUCAUGAUGGUGUCUGACGUCUACGGCAAGUACUACAAGAGGCUCUCCAAAGAGGUCCAGAGUGCCCUGGCCAGAGCCAGCAACACAGCGGAGGAGACCAUCAGCGCCAUGAGGACGGUCCGGAGCUUUGCGAACGAGGAGGAGGAGGCAGAGGUGUACGCGCGGAAGCUGCAGCAGGUGUACAAGCUGAACAGGAAGGAGGCGGCGGCCUACACCUCCUACGUCUGGGGCAGCGGGCUCACGCUGCUGGUGGUCCAGGUCAGCAUCCUCUACUAUGGGGGGCACCUCGUCAUCUCGGGGCAGAUGACCAGCGGCAACCUCAUCUCCUUCAUCAUCUACGAGUUCGUCCUGGGAGACUGUAUGGAGUCGGUGGGCUCCGUCUACAGCGGCCUGAUGCAAGGGGUAGGGGCUGCCGAGAAGGUGUUCGAGUUCAUUGACCGGCAGCCCACCAUGGUGCACGAUGGGAGCUUGGCCCCCGACCACCUGGAGGGGCAGGUGGACUUUGAAAACGUGACCUUCACCUAUCGCACCCGGCCCCACACCCAAGUCCUACAGAAUGUCUCCUUCAGCCUGUCCCCGGGCAAGGUGACUGCCCUCGUGGGGCCCUCGGGCAGCGGGAAGAGUUCCUGUGUCAAUAUCCUGGAGAACUUCUACCCCCUGGAGGGGGGCCGCGUGCUGCUGGACGGGAAGCCCAUCAGUGCCUACGACCACAAGUACCUGCACAGAGUGAUCUCCCUGGUGAGCCAGGAGCCCGUGCUGUUUGCCCGCUCCAUCACAGACAACAUCUCCUACGGCCUGCCCGCCGUGCCCUUCGAGACGGUGGUGGAGGCUGCACAGAGGGCCAACGCCCACGGCUUCAUCAUGGAGCUCCAGGACGGCUACAACACGGAGACCGGGGAGAAGGGUGCCCAGCUGUCAGGCGGCCAGAAGCAGCGGGUGGCCAUGGCCCGGGCCCUGGUGCGGAGCCCACCCGUCCUCGUCCUGGAUGAGGCCACCAGCGCGCUGGACGCAGAGAGCGAGUACCUGAUCCAGCAGGCCAUCCACGGCCCCCUCCAGAGGCACACAGUGCUGGUCAUCGCACACCGGCUGAGCACCGUGGAGCGCGCGCACUGCAUCGUGGUGCUGGACAAGGGCCGCGUGGUGCAACAGGGCACACACCGGCAGCUGCUGGCCCAGGGCGGCCUCUACGCCAGGCUGGUGCAGCGCCAGAUGCUGGGGCUCGAGCCCGCUGCGGACUGUACCCCUGGCCGCCAGGAGCCUCCCGGCGACAGCUGCUGCAAGGCCUGAGCAGUGGCCCCUGCCUCCCCUCAAUCCUCCAAGGGGCAGAGGCCCCGGCGCCUGCCUGGGGGAGGUGUCCACUGGGCCACCACCGCCCCCAGCCACCCUCUGAGCCCAGGCCCAUUCCCCAGAGGGCAACCUGCCGUGUCCUGCCUGUCCCCACUUCUUGCAUCUUGCCCCCCUGUUCCUGCCCUUUCCCCCCGGGGUCCCACAGUCCCCAGGUGCCAGGCACCGUCCCCUCCAGUCUGGGAGGGGGCUUCCAGGGGACAGCAGAGCCGCCUUUUUAAACCCAGAUCUUACCAGGGUUUUUACUGCUUGGUUCGAUGGGUCCCAGCCAACCCCCAGAUGUCGAGAACAUUUUUCUAAUUGGGGUCAUAGCGGGCAAGUUCACUGAGAUGGUCUAGAAACUUCUGAGCCAGGAAUGAGUGACCCUUCCUAAUAGCCUGCAGUUGUCAGGGGAGAACAAAGCCUCUAUCCUUUGGAGGAGGGAAUUCCCAGGGGCAGGAUAAAGGGGAGGGGGCUUUCUGCUUUCCCUUGUCCCAGCUCUGGGAGUCAAGCCAAGGGCUCCAGAAGUUGGGGGAGGGAGGUGGGGGGCGGGCAGUGUCUCCCUGCCAUUGUCCCUGCCUCCCUGCCAAAUCCAAGCCAGUCUCACUGUGAACCACUACAAACCUUAACUGGGGGAGUGAGGGGCUGGCCAGGCCUUGUGGGGCCUCAGGGCACCCCUGGCCCAACACCCAGUGCUUUGCCCACUUGGCCCUGCCUCUCCCUCUCUCUGCUCCUCUCCCCAGCAGGCCCCCCCCCACCCCGUCCACUCCUGCUGCUCUACUGUCCGGAGGCCCUUGGAUGUUUGCAAGAUGCGUUCUCCUCUCUGUUUGGUGGAUGGGACAGUGGCAAAGCACAGGGUCUGGCUUUGCAGGGAGUUGUGAACUGUCAGGAGGAGCUGGUCAAUAAAGUGUACUACCUCUGACCCCUGCCCUCUGCCCUCUGCCCUCUACCUGGGCCGUCUGUCUAUCUGCCCUGCUGCCUGGUUGGGUUUCUCACCUCCCGCCCUGCCUGUUGGAGCUGCAGAGAGGCUUUGGGUGGUCUUGGGCGUCUCCCCAGUAUGGGAACACCCCCUCGGUCUCCUCACACCUCCAGGAUCUCCAGCGUAGAUAUUCACGUCUGUCUGUCUGUCUGUCUGGGGCUUGGCGGCGGGAUAGAGAUAAUCUCUUCCAAAUUCCAGGGACCUCUGCCUCCCAGGAAAGCCCAGGCCCGGGAUGUGCCAGCUUUUCUUUUCCAUCAAGGUUGGGUCACCUCACGCUCAGGCCAGUCCGCAGAGCAGAGAAAUAGCAGACGGUUGGGGGAGCCCCGUCAGAACUGGGGCCAGGGAGACCUUCUGGGGGUUAUUUUCACUUGCUGGAUUCAGGGGAAGUGCAGGGUCCCAAGAAAUGCUUGGGGCAGUGGCUUUUUACCGCCUGGUGGAGAACUAUUUUGACAUUUUUAACUUCUGGUACAAUUAUACGGCAUGUACCAGCUCAAUGUCAACCAUGUCCCCGUUUUCCAGUGGCCAGCUGGGUCCCCUGCCUGCUCUCAGGGCUUCGGCUUGCCUGGAGCAUCUUAUCUCUCUCGGACCCUCAGGCUCCCAUCCCAAAGAAGCCACUUUGAAUCCCGGAAGGGGGUCUCACAAGCUCAGGCCGAGGCUGGGAUUCUAGGAGGGAUCAGAGAGGCACCGGGUACUGUCUAGUCUCACUGAAUCCUUACACCAACCCUCAGACCAGUUUUCUCCCCAUUUUGAGAUUGUUAAUUCAAAGCUCAGAGAGGUUCAUUGAGUGGCCCUAGGUCACAUAGCCAAGACCCCACAAGCUGAAGCCACAAAACUGGGGAACUAAAAUGUGGUGGGGCAUAAUGUUAUCUGGACUCUUCCACUGUGCUUGACCAUUCCGUUAAUAAAUAAGCAAGCAAACAAAGAGAAAGUGCUGUGCAGGCCCAAGAGAAUAUAGAGAUGGGGUAAAUUCAGCCCCGAGGAGAACUGAGGCUGCAAUUCUAGGCUUUUCCCCUCUCUGGGCCUCAAAUUGGACCCCUCCCGUCACACUGGCCACCCAGGUCCGAAAUAAGCCAAGCUCACCCUGGCCUCAGUGCCUCUGCACUGGCCGUUCCUUCAGCCGGAAACACUUUUCCUUCCACUCAUUUAACAGCUGGUUCCUUCUUGUUCUUGGCUCAGCUCAAACCUCUCCUCCUCUUGGACAAGGUCCUCCCUGAUGAGCUGUGGUCCUCCCAGCACUAUCACUCCCUGAAAUGUCCUGGCUGAGUAUUUUUGUCCACCUUUUCCAGCAGCCCCGGGAGUGCAGAGACCUUGUGGGAUUGGUUCAGUGCUAGCACAGUGCCUGGCACGUAGCAGGCACUUACUUUAUAACUCCAGAGGAGAGCGGGGGCCCCUGUGAAAUCCAGCCAGGGUCAGCUCCAGCCCCUUACACACCAGGGAAGCCCCAAGCCCCGCAUGACCUCCAGGACUUUUACAGAUACCGGAGUGGCUUGUAUUCUCCCCAUCACCUCUGCCCCUGAGCUUCAUGUGUCCUGCCUAUGUGAUUUCUGGUCCACAUCAAUCCCAACACAAUCUCAGCCUCUUCUGCCACUUCUACAAGAAUCCUCUCCCACACUGGCUGCUAGCAUUUAUGAGCACUUACUGUGUUCCAGACACAGGGCUAAGCAGUUCGCGUGUGCCACGUCAUCUAAUUCUCAUAAAAACUCUAAACGGUACGUACAGUGCCUUGCCUGUUUUAUAGAUGAGGUAACUGAGGCACAGAGAGGUUAAGUGACUUGCCCAAGACUACCCAGCAAGUAAGGGUUAGAAUUGGGUUUCAUAUCUAGGAAGUGUUUUUGACCCCAGAGUGUGUGUGU